AUGGUAAGCACAACAUUGACAACAAUAGCUGCUGGACAACCAACAACGAGUAGCUCAAACCAAAAUCAUCAUCAUCAGUCAUCGGCAACGUCAACCGCAAACAAUACUAAUUAUCAGAGAUCUACAGCGUUACAACAACAACAGCAGCAGCAACAGCAGUACUACAAUUCCUCACAACAGCAUCAUUCAUCAACGCUACCAACAGCUUCGGUAGUGCGUAAUAGUUACUAUUACAACUCGUUAGCAUCGAAUGGUGUUCCCAACAGUAUUGUAAAUAGUAGUAGCAGCAACAAUUUAAACAGUUACAACCACAAUAGCGAAACUACAAUUAAAUCAGCAAACGUCACACCAGCCGAGAGUAACCACAAUACACAGCUUCACUACCAGCGACCUUCAACGCUUUGCAACGGCAAGGGCAGCAACAUCACUACAACAGUAACUGCUGGAACAACAGUAUCAACACCCACUGCAGCAGCUGAAACCACAAAAUCCGAUCAAACCACAAAAUCGAAAUACAAUGAAGCAAAUAAGUCAGCUGUAAAUUUAUCACAAACUCUACUCUCAGCCUCGCCUCCGCUUAACGAUCAAAUAUCAUUGCUCUUUCCUAAGUGUCGUCCUAAGCAUACGGCAACAAAUAGCAAUAAUAACUUAAACAUCAGUCACAAUACUAAUGGGAGCGACACAGCAGAUACUAAUUUAAGUUAUCAUUUAACUGAAAUAAAUCUUAACGGUGCAAAAACGACUAACUCAUUAAGUGAGUCGAAUUGUAGAACCCCUCCGAUAGUCAAAACACCAGCACCAGCAACAACAAUAAACACAACAACAAUAUACGAAAGUAAAGCAUCACCUGAAGCGGCAACAACAAAGACAUUUGCUACCAAUUAUUAUAAGAGCGUAAAUAUAAUAACGCAGUCACCGCCGCCGCCAUCAACAUCUUCAGUAUCAUCCGAAUCGUUGUCUUCAGUAACACCAAGAAUAUCAACUAAUCCCUUUUUGUGUAACAAUUUGACAAACGGUGAUACAUUGAGUACAUCAACAGCUGCUACGCACAAAUUUGAAGAGCCUGGCAACAAUAUUGUGAGCAACGAGAACGAUAACGACGACGAAGAAGAAUUGCCUGUACCGACAUAUACGAGCUUCUACUAUCAUACAAGUAAUUUAGCUAACGAACUACGAGGGCAACGUGAAGACAGACGCACUUACGAAAUGCCACGUAAACGUACAAACUACAACAAUCAUCAUCAUGCUCAUCAUACAAACUCACAGCAGCAGCAGCAACAACAACAACACCAGCAGCAGCAAUCACCACAACAAUAUACGCAUUUGUCACAAACACAAUUGAUUGGGACUGUCAAUCACCAACAACACCAACAACUCAACGGCAGUUCAAAUCAAAAUCCUUUUAUUAAAGAUAAUUAUUGGGAGACACGGCACAAUAUAACAGCUAGCAAUGUACUCAAUUCACCGACCGACUAUAGUGGCAACGAAAUUGAAAUACCGGCAACAGCACAACCGUCAACAACAAGACGUGCAUACCAUCAACAAACAUAUAAUGGCAAUAAUAAUGGCAGCAAUUAUAUGUCACGUCAACAACAAGAGCACCAACACCAACAACAACAACAUCAUAUACGCGUUGGUCGUAGUCCUGUGAAUCACAGCCAAUAUCAUCAACAACAACAACAACAGCAGCAACAAACUGAAACAAGUAAACGUUCAAAUGACCAUCAUUUGCUAAGCCAACAACAAACGCAAACACAAACAGUGCCAGGUGGCAUCGAAGGAGUAACACAGCUCGUUAAUCAGUAUUUGUAUGGCAGCAAAAGCAAGGACCAGCAGCACCAACAACAGCCUCAACAAAAACAUCAACAGCAGCAAAUGCAGCAGCAACAACAGCCAGUGGAUGUACAACAGCAACAACAUGUCGGUGUCAAUAUAUGGGAGAAACGCGAAAAAUUAGAGCGUGAAAGUCGGGAACGUGAUAGAGAACAGCGUGAACAACGCAAAGUAUACGUGGAUAAAGAAAGGGAAUGGGAAAGGGAAAGAGAAAGGGAAAGAGAUAGAGACAGAGACCGAGAUAGGGAACGUGAAAAAGAUUGGGAUAGAGACCAGGAAAGGGAUAGAGAUAGAGAGAGAGAGCAUAUACGAAAUGAGCCUGAUAAUGUGCAUGAUAUACGUAAUAUCCAUGGACGUACCUAG